AUGUCUCACGAGGAGGAUCUCAUCGAUUACUCCGACGAGGAGAUCGGCGGCAACGAGACCGCCGCUACCACCUCCAACGGCAAGAAGGGCGAGCUCGCCGCCGGCAACAAUGUCGACAAGAAGGGCAGCUACGUCGGUAUUCACUCGACCGGUUUCCGCGACUUCCUCCUGAAGGCUGAGUUGCUUCGCGCCAUCGCCGAUUGCGGUUUCGAGCAUCCAUCGGAGGUCCAACAAACCUGUAUCCCCCAGGCACUCCUCGGUGGAGACAUUAUCUGCCAGGCCAAGUCCGGUCUGGGAAAGACUGCUGUCUUCGUUCUUGCCACUCUUCAGCAGGUCGAACCUGUGAACGGAGAGGUAUCCGUCGUUGUCAUGUGCCACACUCGUGAGCUGGCCUACCAGAUCCGUGAUGAGUACAACCGCUUCAGCAAGUACAUGCCCGACAUCAAGACUGGAGUCUUCUACGGUGGUACCCCCAUUAAGAACGAUGUUGAGGCUCUCAAGAACAAGGAGACUUGCCCUCACAUCAUUGUGGGUACUCCUGGUCGUCUCAAAGCUCUCGUCCGCGACAAGGCUCUGCGUCUCGGCAGCGUUCGCAUCUUCGUCCUCGAUGAGUGUGACAAGAUGCUUGACCAGCCCGAUAUGCGAACGGAUGUGCAAGAUGUUUUCCGUGCUACUCCCCCGCAGAAGCAGGUUAUGAUGUUCUCCGCCACCUUGUCCGAAGAAGUCAAGCCCAUCUGCCGAAAGUUCAUGCAGAACCCUACUGAGCACUACGUUGACGAAGAUACCAAGCUCACUCUCCACGGUCUUCAGCAAUACUACAUCAAGCUAGAGGAGAAGGAGAAGAACCGCAAGCUCAACGAACUUCUGGAUGAUCUCCAGUUCAACCAGGUCAUCAUUUUCGUUCGCAGCACCGUCCGUGCCACUGAGCUCGACAAGCUGCUCCGAGAGUGCAACUUUCCUUCCAUCGCCGUUCACUCUGGUGUCAGUCAAGAAGAGCGUAUUCGCCGUUACAAGGAGUUCAAGGAGUUCAAGAAGAGAAUCUGUGUUGCUACUGAUGUCUUCGGACGAGGUAUCGAUAUCGAGCGUAUCAACCUUGCUAUCAACUACGAUCUUUCCAACGAUGCCAGCUCCUACCUGCACCGUGUUGGUCGUGCCGGACGAUUUGGUACCAAGGGUUUGGCCAUCUCCUUCGUCAGCACUGACCAAGAUCAGGAGGUGCUCAAAGAGAUUGAGAAGCGAUUCGAAGUCGCCCUUCCUGAAUUCCCCAAGGAGGGUGUUGAUGCCAGCACUUAUAUGGCUUCUUAG